GUCCCGCCCUAGAGACCAGGGGUGUGGGUGGGUGUCCCUUAUGAGCACUCUUGAAGGAAGCUGGGGAAGGAUCCUGGGGUUCUGGGGUGCAGAUGUCCCAGGUGUUGUGGUCUGUCACUAGCCUGGUGCAGAAGAGAUGACUGCUCUGAUAUGCGGUUAAGCUAAAUUGCUGCUGUGUUCCUGAAUCCUUUGAACUACUCUAAUUGAUUACGCAUUUCUCUUGCUGUUUCUCUGUACUCAAGCCGACUGCAUCUACUCGCCCUUAAGGCCAGCUUGCCACAGUCACACUGGUGCACUAAGUUAGAGGCUUGAGCCUACAGCUACUGGAAAGCACCUCUGUGUAAUGCCACCUCAAAGCCCAGAGAGGGAGGAAUUCUGGUUUUGGCAGCUAGUCUGGAGCGGCAAGAAGCCUGGAAAGGCUUGUAAUUACAUUGUGUGAGGAUUUGAAAAUAGGUGACAUCUUAAUAUGCCUUCAGGCCCUUAUAGUGUAUGUUAGAGUCACAAACAGCAGACUGUUCAUACAGGCUCUUCCUUCCCUGAUUUAGUUGGGGAUUGGUCCUGCUUUGAGCAGGGAGUUGGACUAGAUGAUCUCCUGUGGUCCAACCCUGAUAUUCUAUGAUUCACAGCACUGCAACAUAUCUAUGAAUUCUCUUUGCAUUUUUUUAUUAGACAUUGUCUAAUCUUCUGCUAGUUCUAGUGCUAUCACUUUUCACCCCUAUUGGGCAAUGGGUACGCAUGAAUGCAAAUCAUGUGCUCUUUCUUAAGUCUGCACUCAUCCCCUCCCCUCGCUAACCUCCUCCCCUAAACAACCCAUUUUUCAUGCAGUUCAAGGCAAAGAGGUAACAGACUGUGGAUGUAUUUUAAUUUGGUCCUUUUAGCAGGUGGGUCACCAGGCUAAAGAGAGUCUCUCUCCUAAGGUAUGUGGGUCUAGACAUCACUGUGAUGGUAGCCAAGUACGUUUCAUCUCAGAAUCUUUCAGGCAGGCAAAGGGGUGAUGAAGUAUGGCUGGUGCAUUGGAACUAUCCCGGGUAGUGGGAUCCGGUAACUCACUCUUUAUGUGACUUUGGACAGGAAGAACCGUAAAAGGGAAAGAGACAUCAGAAAAACAGAAUGAGAGCCGAAUUUUCCUAUCCUAAGCAACAUGGAACCAGUGGAUCAAAUGGUGGUUUCUAGAGUUAACACUGCUUGUUGGACUACAAAGGUUAAUUCAUCUACUUUAGAGUCUAGAACACACAGGGUUUUAUUCAUGGUCAAAAGUGAAAUUACCCAGAGCAUCCAACUUCUGUAAAUUGCAUGCUGCCAGCACCCUGCCCUGGUCUGAGAGUUGGGGAUCACAAGCUUGGGAGCUUGUCCUCCUGUAAGGUGUGAGAGGUAUGCUGAGAGCAGAGCUUGCUUGAAGACAUGUUAAAACAUGCUUUUAGAAGGGGGUUGUCUCUUUCAAUUCCUUUCUCUCUACAGAACCCCACAAUAUGAGCUCAGAGGAACAAAGCAGGUUGGCAAUCUCAUUGCAUCCUGUACAAUUAGAGGAGUAACUUCUUCCCAGGGGAACUGUCAAGCUCAUUUGUUUAGUAAGGCAAUUUAAGAUCCCCUGAUGGAAGGUGCUAGAGAAGGACUGCGGAUUACAGUUCAGUGCUGAAAAGGGUGUCAGAUAAGAACAAUUUCCUAGCUUUAUUGUCACAGUAAGAUGUGAACAGUCUGAUUCACCCUAAGUACAACCAGGUUCCUGGAAAUGAAGAUUGCAGCAGUGGCUGUGUUGCUGUGUACAGCUCAGAGCAAGGCUUGUCAGUGUUCCACAUCAAUUCCUGAUGUCAGGCUGAUCCUGGCUGCCAGCAGCCAGCUCUCACAAUGAAAGGCACCCCUUAAGCUUGAAUAUAGCAAAGGCAAGGACGGCAGGGGAGAGGAGUAUAAAAGUGUUGUUUGCAGCAGUACCUAGCAUGAAUGUCAGUGAGCACAUUCCAAGAGGAGCACAUUCAUGCUGAGGAGUUAACUGCAUCGCUGAUAGCAAAUGGGCAGCAUGAGUUCUUGUGGCUGUUUGUGGCCACUGUAUCUUUAAUGAGCUUGGGCUGCUGUUCUUUGUUAUACACUGGAAUGAACUUUUCCCCAUUCUUUCCCGAAUGGGGAGACUUCUAUUCAUUACUGUGACCGAUAUGGCAAUUUCCUGGGCAAACCUCACUUAAAUGAAAUUUAAGUAUCUUAGGAGUUGAUUGUAUAAAAAAUGCUAAUAUUUAUGUACAGUAUUAUUGUGGGAUUAUAUGCAGCUUCUUUCAUGGGGGGACAGGAUUAAUGUAAACCCUGGGAAGUGCUAUGAGCUUCAGAGGACUCUUUGGAACAGUGUGCUAGACAAACCAAAUUAAGUGGGCUUGCUAGGAAAUACUUGGGAGGAGGGGAAGGUGCCUUCUCACCCAAUUUUUAGAAGCUGUGCUCUGAGGAGAAGUGCAUUGUCUGCUGAUCGCCUGUUAUAUGAGGACAAGCUCAGAAUCUCAAACUGGAUACAAGACUAACUCUCAGAUUUGCAGGCGGGGGAAAGGGGGUGCGCUUGUUCUGAGCAAAAGCUGUUAUGAACUUGUGGCCACAGAAAAACUCCUGUGUUGGGGUUGGAAGGACUGUUCAUCCGCCAGAAGCCUUGUUGGAGUUAGGGGAGCGUCUCUGGAGCAGCCUCCUUAUCCUGGAUAUGGUUCCAACUACUGGAACUCUGCGGUGCAGCCUAGAGCCCCCUACCCAAGUCCGUACCCCACUGGACCUGAGUUACAAAGCCAGGGACUGGAGUCUCCCUACACAAAUGGAGCCUAUGGCGCCCCUGGGGCUGCUCCACACUAUGCUAAUCUGCCACAGUCAAACACCUACUAUUCUUCUGGGCACCCUCGGGCCUCCUACCCAGCAGAGUCUCCGAGCAUGUACCGACCGCCAUCGCCAGCCUCGCUUUGGCAUUAUCCCCCACCAGACUGCCCCCCGGAAGGUCCCUCUCUCAGGAGGCAGGCCCCAGGAUACUCCCCACCACUGACCCCAGGUAUGCCUGUCCCGCACUAUCCAUAUGGAGGGGAUACCAACCCUGGCAUUCCACAGCAAGGGCCACCACCACAACCAAGACCCCAGGAUGAAUCGUGGGCUUCCUCUGGCAUCUAUGGAAUGCAGCCACGUUACGCCUGGCCUGCUGCUUCGACACCCCAAGGAAGUUCAUUUAUUUCAGAAUCAUCUCCAUCCUGGUCUGGCAAUGGAGCUCCUUCUCCUCAUCCUCCAGCUCAUGAUACAAAGGAUGCUACUUAUGACAAACCAGACCAAGGAGCAAACCACAACAACUACUUUCCAGAAGUCAAUCAGCAGCCCUCUGGGACUAUGAAUGAUCAUAAGUCAACUCAGUUCAACACCAAACCAUCCCAUUUCAAUUCCAAAGUGCAGUACAGCGCACAGCCCCAAAUGUAUAAUAAUGUACCUAGGAAACCACCUUUGAACCAGGAUGCAGGUUUUAAACCCAGCGACCAGCCUUUGUCAAACUCCCUGGGAAUUCAGCCAGGGAUUCAAAGAGUUAUGCAAGUUAUGGAGGAGGUUGAGCAGUUGGAGCAAGAGGUGGAUGAAUUUGUAGGAAAAAAGACAGACAAAGCAUACCGGCUUCUGGAGGAAAUGUUGACCAAGGAGCUGUUGGAACUGGAUUCCAUAGAGACUCAUGGCCAGGACGAUGUUCGACAGGCUAGGAAGGAGGCUGUUCAUAGAAUCCAGGCCAUACUGGAAAAACUGGAAAAAAAGGGAUUGUGAAAGACCGAUGAUAACAACUCAAGGCCUGCUAUGGACAUCCAAAAGCGCUCUGGUUAGGCUUAAUUUUCAGCCUGCUUCUAACUACUGUUGACCAUGAAAAGCAAUAAAGUCUGACUAUACUUUAAUUUUUUUUUUUAAACCCAACAAAUGAUAACUUGGCUGUGGACGGAUGAAAGAAGGAUUGAAACAUCAGUCCUGAAUUUUCAGGUGGUUGUUCCAGGCCAACGAAUGUACAGACAACUAUGGAAUUCUGACAUUGCCAAACAAAGUGCUUUUGCCUCUGUGGGUGUCUACGUGCUUUUCAUCAGCAGGAGAGGAAACCAUUGUAUGGAACAGACUUUUCUGUACUAGGCCAAAUGUGUGUCUAUAGAUGCCACCUGCUGCCCCAUGGCUUCUUAAACAGCUGGAAUUUCUGUUAGUUACAAUGCCUUUGUAACACACAGCAAGUAAAACAGGACUUCAGGCUCUUGGACUACUAUUCUUGGGUAUUAUUUACAGCUUCAUCACUCUAGUCAUUGAGAUUGAUGUGUAUUGUUCUGUGUCUUUUUGGUGCACGCUGUAGUACUGUCUUGAAAUACUGGUGGAAGAGACCAUAUUAGCAACAAGUCAAUAUGGCAACUUCACACUGUUUUCUUCUAUAUAGUGAAGAGCUAUUCAGUGAUGUUUUAUGUGGGGAAGCGGUAAUAAGGAACACAAUUGGGAGCUUUUGAAUUUCGCCUCUUAAAAAGGCAGUGGUGCAAAUGAGAGAUGGCGGCAUGAUCCUAGCAAGUGAAACAUUUGGAAAUUAUUUUUCAUGGCAAAUUGGGGUAAAAAUCCACUUUUUAAUUGUAAUGUCCUUUCACAUAAUGCAGUUUUGUAUUCCACUAUAAUCUGCAUAACUGGUGGUUCUGUACAGUGCACUGUGGAGGGGAGAGGUAAAACAUCUGCCUUUAACCGGGGGGCUACCACAUCUGAAAUUAAGUAGUCAUUACUGUGUAUGAUAAGAGAAACUGGCAAGUUUUAAAAAUAAUUUUGUACUGAUAAGAAGUUGGAAGUGACUUUCUUUAAAGUUUGUGUGAAACUAUAAAUGGAACCUGUUGUAACCAAAGCACCAUACCUGGAAUUCUGUCCUUGCAGCAGAUCCUCAUAAGACAAGGCAGCAAGUGACAUGGAAAUAGUGAUAUUCAUGAUGUUGAAAGGAGGUUGGUGCUACUUUUGAGAUGGCUUGGAGCAGACCAGUUAUGUGAACCCGUUAGCCUUUUGCUUCUGGAAUAAUGACCCCAUUUUCCUGAAGCCAUCCAGCCUGGCAUUCUCUGUGCUGCUAGUCAGUGCAGUGGAAGAUGUAUGUCUGCAGAUUCUACAUUCUUAGUGCACCUGAAUUCUGCUGGAAUCAGCUCACCUCUCCAAGCGUUCGGAUCCAUCCUCAUAAUCAUGCAUGUGGUUGGCAGUCUAGAAAAUGUACUCUGGGCUAAUUCAGAAGAGCAGAGUAAUCAGUCCGGGCCAAUAAAUGUUUUGGAUU